CCGAGUAGCAGUUAGUCGUUCGUCGUCCGUCAAAGGACGAGGAUUGUGUGCGUUGUGUUGUUCUUCCUCAACUAUACUACUACUAUUAUUACUACUACACUACUACUACUACUAUACUACUACUAUACUACUACUAUUACUACUACUAUUACUAUUACUACUACUACUACUACUACUAUUACUACUACUACUACUACUAAUAUUACUAUUGCUACUAUUAGUACGCCUUCUCUAAAUUUUUAUUCCUAUUAAAUCCUACACGGCGUUCAACGAACAGCCGUUCUCGAAACAUUCCGUUUCUCAUUUCUUCCUUUCGAUCAAAAAAGAAGGACACAUAUAUUCGAACAAUUACGACGAACACGCGGAUGCGCAAGAUACGUUGGGAGAAGGCGCGCGCGCUUAUUAAAGGAAAGGAAACAGCGGCGCAAAAAGGCAGGAGGAAUUUGUUAUUGAAGGUGGCGGAAGAAGAGGAGGGAGAGGGCGAGGGUGAGGGCGACGGCGAGGUGGAGAAGAAAGGGGCGGUGGUGGGGGAGGAGGUAGAACGCUGGGCGGUGUCAGGAAAGAUUUGUAAAAUACGACAACAAUAAUAAGAAAUACAAUCGCAAAACUGGCGAACCUGGCGAAUCUCGCGAGUUGCGUAUCUACGAUGAUAGACGACGAGGAGCAGGAGGAACUCCGUUGUACCGGAAGUGACGUAGAAAUUGAAGAAUAUACCGAUACGGAAGAAUCACCGUACGUCGGCCCUUAUCGUGCAAGUUCCGAUAAGCUAUUCGACCGAAGUAGAGCGACCUGGCAAAAAUUCACCUUUCUAAUCACCCUUCUCACCGUGGUUACAUCCGUAACAGUUCUUGUUAUCGGUUUUCCACUUUAUCUCGAAAGCAUCAGUGCCGUAUCCAACUCUUACACUGGUCUUCUCUUCAGUGCACUCGGGUCUGCUUGUAUUCUCGGGUUCGUCUACGUCGUCAUGGAAAAAGUCUCUCCGCCUCCACCUUUGGUGCCAAACUCGAUGAGAAUAAGGAUACCACGUUGCAUCCUAAUCAAAAUAAGCACGCUCUAUGCUCUCUCUGGUAUUCUUGUUGCACUAUCUCUCGAUCAAAAUCGAGUUCUAUGUCAUCUUCAGGAUCCGAUAAAGGGCAUUACUCUACUUUUCUCAUUGGUUUACUAUUUCUUCUUCUCUCGAAAAAUGAUGAGUCUUCAACGAAUAUUCGCAAGCACGACGAUAAUAGUAGGCCUGUUUAUAAGUGUCGACUAUGGUCUUUGCGAUGAAUUUCGUUGUCGGGGAAGAGAAGUGUCGGCACAUACAGCGACAAUGAGAGGAUCCUGGGGCGUCAGAGCUGUCUGGACUUUUGUUUACGUUGGUGCAUUGGCCGCUUUCGCGAUGUUCUUCACUAUGCUCGAGCGUCAUUAUACUACCGGGCAACAAAAUAUUUGUCAAUUGCUGACAACUCAGCCGAGUUCUUUCCUAUACACCGUUUCUCGCUUGGUCUCCUCGCGUGACAUACGACGAAGAGGAUCGGAGGAGGAGGGUGGUAGAUUGUUGCACGUCACGGACCCAGAUCCAACUAUAAAGCCGAAGAAUUAUCCGAAACCCCCUAUACUUCAGACCCUUUUCCACAUACAUGCCAUCGCAUUUUUUGCAAUCCUCACGCUCUGUUGGUUGGACACGUUGCCUGGUAUCGGUAGGGGUUUAUCACCGGUCGACUUGUAUCGUAUCGUCGAACACGGUUUGUCCUGUCACUUUAAAGCAAUUGAUUCUUGCUCAAACGUAUCCAGCCACGCAUGGAUUUGUCUUUUAGCUUAUGUAAUUUUUGUCAUUUCGUCGAUAAACUUUCUUUCGAUGUGUGAAAGUGCUGUAUUUACUGUCGCAGCGGCUACAGUAUCUCUUCCUUUAUCUGGAAUUUGGUGGAGCAUUUACAAAAUGAACGUCGGUGCUAACGGCGGUUUCAUCGAAUGGUCACCUGGAGUAACUGGCGAAUUAAUUUGUGCUUUACUCGGUCUUCCGGUUGUACUCCUUGGCUUGGGCUUACUCGUCAGAUCUCACUUCAGGGAUAAUCAAGCUUAUUAUCAAACUAUACAACCACCUGAUAUACAACACGAGCCACCAUGCCAUAGAUGAAUCCUUUCUAUACUAUUUUUUUUCGCAUAAAUAUAUAAAUACAUAUAUGCUAUAUUAAUAUAAUUGAGAACGAAAAAGAAAAAAAAAAGGAUGAGAGAUGAUAUAGAUCGAUCGAUCGAUUUCAAAACAUAACAAACAAACUGAAGCUACAAAUUAGUCAAACCGAAGUUUAUUAUCUUAUUAUUAGCAUAAUAUAAUUGUUGCUAAUAAGUAUUAUUAUAUUAAUCUUUACUUAAUCGUAUAUUACACACAUGAAGAUUACGUACUUUUACGUAAUUGAUUGAAUUUAUAAUCGUUCGCAAAAAGGAUUUCAAAUAUGUACAUAAGAAAAAACCCAGAUGCGAUUCCUUUAAACGUUUGACAAUUUUUUGAAGAAAAAGACAGAAAAAAUAGAAAGAGAGAGACAGAGAGAGAAAGAGAGAGAGAGAGAGAGAGAAAGAGAGAGACAAAAAAAAUCGUUAAAAUAAAAAUAACAAGGAAAAAAAAGAUACAAAAAGAAAAUGAAAAUAAGAAAAUUACAAUGAGAGAACAAUGAAAGUGUUUUAAUUUGUCGCGGCUGGGGUGAAUGGGGCGGCGGACGGUAGGAGGAGGGUUGAUUAAACGAUCGUUUUUUCCUAUGUAAUGCCAGCAUACAUAACAAGACAAAACAAAAAAAA